AGGUUUAAAUAGGAACAGUUGGACUGGUGACUUAAGUUGAAGGCAGGCCUCUGCUUAAGGAACCUCACCUUAUAUUAGGUAAUUGUAUUGUGCACUGUGCAUGGAAUAAGACAAGCUGCAACAUGAAAAAGCAAUUUAUGCGUUACAAGCUCAUUGCAGACCAAAAGGUUGGCAGAGCAAACAAAUCAGAAGUCCUUAACGAUGAAAUGCUACAGGUGGAAAAACACAUGGAACAUGUCAGGGUAGCUUGCCAAUCUACAUAUAAGAAACUAUCGCAGUGUUUGCAGACACACAGCAUUGGGGAGUACGAAAAACGUAUAAAACGAGUGUCUGAGCAUGUGUUGGGCCAAGGAAUGCUUGAUGCCAGUAAAUCUUUACUUAGUGAAUCUGACUCCAACCAAACCUUAGGAAGCUCACUACGUGUAUGCGGGGAAGCACAGAUUGGAUUAGCCAAAGAGAAAGCAAUGUACGAGAUGUUUGUAGAUGAACAUGUGAUAGCACCACUCCAAACACUAGUAGAGAGUGAAAUUCCCAGCAUCAUGAAACAGCGUGAGCGCUUAAAGAAACUCGUCCUAGAUCGAGAUGGGGCGUACCAGAACUGGAACAAAGUCCACAAAUCCCAGUUCACACCUGGUGCAAACCUUCAGCAAAUUACAGCAAAAUCGGAAAUUUUGAAAGAUGAAUAUGACCAGGCUGUGAUAAGAAUGGAGCAGAGCAAGGAUCAACUGGUUACAGAUUUAUUUGAAUUUCUUGCGAAAGAAGCCGGCCAUGGACAACGAAUGUCGGAUUUCCACGCAAAGCAGUUGGAUUAUCACAGAAGGUGUGUGGACCUGCUAGAGAAAAUGAAGCCAGACAUGGAUUCAGUUCAAGAUAACGCAGUCAUGAAAUCAGCCUUCGGUUUGUCUUUAUCUGAUCAUUUACGGUUAACACAAAGAGAAAUUGCAUCUCCCAUCGAAGCUUGUGUUCUCUGUCUGUUGGAAUUUGGAUUAAAGGAAGAGGGCCUGUUUCGAAUCGGCGGCGGCGCGGCUAAAUUAAAGAAGUUCCGAGCACUAGCUGAUGGUGGGGUGUUGGAUUUUAAUGACUAUGACGCACAGGACGAUAUACACGCCGUCGCUGGCGCUCUUAAGCAAUAUUUGAGGGAGUUGCCAAACCCGUUGCUUACGCAUGAGUUGCAUGAUGAAUGGAUUGCUGCUUCAAGUAUUUCGGACAAUGACGCAAAGCUGCAACAGCUUUGGACCGUGAUUGACAAGUUGCCUGCUGAAAAUAAAGCCAACUUAAAAUACCUAAUCAAGUUCUGUGCUGUGGUGGCAGAGCAUCAGGAUGUAAAUAAGAUGAGUCCCGGAAACAUUGCAUUAGUUCUCGCUCCUAAUCUACUGUGGUCUCAUAUAGAUGACAUUGGUAAACGAAUGAUGGAAUCAAACCUGAUGGCGAACGUAGUGGAAAGUAUUAUCACAUAUUCAGAUUGGUUCUUCCCUGGAGACUUUGAUUUUGUUGUCACUCCGAAUGCAACAACCUACAGUGGCAGCCACAGAGAUAGUUCACAGUUCAAUGAUUUCAAGGUUCCAACCCCUGUGUCCCCUUCUACAAAUCACAAAACCCAUUCACGCAAUUCUUCUACAGACUACAAUCUUUCGGACUCUUCCAGCGGUACAGUUCAGUCUCCUGCUGGUAAACAACGGAAAAUGAAAAGUAAAGCACCACCACCCCCUACAGCUAAUACAAAAAAUACGGAUCAAAAAUCUUCACCCCCCAACUCCCACCCUCCUUCAUCUGGAGGAGGGAACACAACAAAACCUCCCAUCGCUGCCAAAAGAACAUCCAUGCGACGACCCCAGCUUCCUCCUCCCCAACCUCCAAAAGAAGAUCCAGUCUUGGAAGAGGAGGCAUCAAAGUCUCGACCCAUACCUCCAGUGAGAAAGCGACAGAGUCAUCACUCUUCUAACGAGCAAUUAAACUCUGCUCCUCGUCGGAACUCGGAUGAUAGUCCAGUGGAAGAGCCUCCGAUGCCAAAUCUUCCCCCACCCCCGUUACCAGAAGACUUUGAUCCCACAGAGGGCCUCGCAUCAGAGUUGCAGAAGUCCAGUAGCAUCCAUUUAUCAGAUGAGGAAGAAGAGGACGUGAUAAUGACUCCGCUAUGAUCCUCGCAUCCAUGCAUCACUGAUCUGUGAGGAUUUCCCGAGAGAAAUAGCGCCAACGUCCUAAAUCUUGAUCCUUAUCUAGUUAUCCAAGAUUAAAAUAUUAGAUUUUUAUAUUCUCAAUGUAUUCUGUUACUUUUGAUCAAUGUUUUUCAUUUGUUGCUUGGUAAUCACACGUUGCAUGCACCUCUCCACCUCAUACUUGGAGCACGGGAAAUUUCUUCGAUAAUAAGAAAGAAAAAUUUGUGCAAUCUGUUUCAAACGUCCACUGCUAGCUUUGUAAAUUAUCCUUUCAUAAUUUUGUCUGGUAGGGACUGAAUCUUGAAACCCAGUUAACUUUUCUGCGUGUAAACGCUUUACAACGAGUGCUUUACAUGUUCAAUUUUCAAAUCUUAUUCUAUUUCCAAAUUAUUCAGCACACAUAUUACUCCGCUAAUGUCUCAGCACUCUCAAUCUCCAAAAAGUAGUUCAAGGCUGGACCACUGUUAUAUGAUCUAUGUCAACAUUUAAGGUACGCGAAAAAUUAACUGUAUCUGCACCAGCCUUACCAAUGUGCUGAAAUCAGUCUCUCAUUUUUGCUUUCUAUCUGCACUUGUCUUAUUUCUCAAUUUUAAAUGAAUCAAAUGUUACAGCUAUCUAUAUAUUCCAUCUUGAAAUCGUGUAAAGUGUUUCGAGAGAUUACGCAGCUCUUUUGGGUUGGCAGGUCCAUUAUUAACACAUAGCAGGGUGGGGGAAGAUGGGACACCUUUUCAUUCUAUUUUCUUGGCGCAAUUUGUAGUAAACGAAAAAAAUUUUAACAAUUAUAAAACCGUAUCCUCGCAACUCCCAUAGACCGUUGUUAUUUGUUUAAAACACGUUCAGGGUAUUUAAAUAUUAUGUGUGAUAGGUGUCCCAUCUUCCCCCACCGUACUAUAUCUAUUAUUUUACUUGCAUGUUCCACACUGCUUAUCAACCUUAAAGCUCUAGUUGUUUGCGUAUUUCACAUUCUCAGCUGAUUUUCAGAACCUAUAGUAGAAAUCACUAGAAUAAUGCAAUUAUGCGUAAUUUACUUGUGUUAUUCUGUAGUGGUUUAUUAUUUAUUCCCAUGUUCAAUUUUUGAUGUAGAAUAUUCGCGUAUUUGCUUAAAAGAUUUAAAAUCGUACUCGUGCCAACCAAUAUCUGAGCUACAAGUCUGUUUAUGCACAAAUAAUAAGUCAACAUAGUAUGCGCUGUGGCUGAGGUAUUCAAAAUUCUCGAGUUAAAAUAAAAGAUACGCCAUGUG